AACGCAUAUUGUUUACUUCCGGGUUUUCCAGUGCCGUUUGUUUAACUUUCGAUUUGGUGUCGCUAUGGGCGUUACGUUACGUCCAAAAGAGGUAACCUGGUCUAUAAUAUUGAAAGUUUCAUACAAAAGAAAUCCACAUCCUGUUUGAUGCCAGCAGCAUGGACGAACAAACUUCGAAUGGCGCAAACGAGAACCCUAACCCCCUGGACAAUGCAAGUACAAAGGUUAAAUCAUUUAUCAAUUCGAACAACCUAGAAGGGUUGAAGGAAUAUUUAAAUGGCUUUAAUAAAGAGGAUCAAAGCAGGAUAGUCAAUCAUGUCGAAGAGAAUUACGCACCAUUUUUUCUUGCUUGUUUAAAAGGUCGAGAAGAUAUUGUGAAGUAUAUGCUAUUGGAAUGCAGUGUGGAUAUUGAAUUGCGUGGUUUAUACGUAUUAGUAUCGGAAUCUUUUAAUGAAAAAGUGACUCCAUUAUGGGUGGCCGUCAGUGAGCAACAUUUGUCUGUUGUGAAACUCUUGGUAGCUCAUGGAUCAGAUAUUCACGCCACAACUUCAACAAACUCGACGCCAGUACGUUGUGCUUGCUACUGCAUGAAUUUGGCCAUUGUGAAAUAUCUUGUUGAAAAUGGCGCCAAUAUUCAUCAGCCGAAUGUAUAUGGUGGCACGUGCCUGAUGAAUGCAACCAAGGGCUCUGUCGAGCUCUGUGAGUUCCUGGUCAAUAACGGCGCGUCUGUAAAUGCAACAACUACAGGUGGAUAUACAGCACUGUAUCACGCUAUAAAAUCGGGUCGGCUUGACCUUGUCAAGUUGUUCCUUAACGCCGGAGCUUCUCAUUUUGUGACAAUUACUACAGAAGUUCAUAUUCUCCAUCUGGCAGCAAUUCAUGGGAAUCGGACAAUAUUCGACUACAUCAAAGAUAACUCCGUGAUGAAGUUGUCACGUCUACUGGACGGCUAUGAAUUACUGGGCGCGACAAUGAUCGACGACUUUGACAACAUUCCAGAUGGACUCGAAUUGUGGAAAAAGGCUAUUGAUUUAAGGUACGCUAAUCCCGAGGCACCUCUUACAAAAAACAUUCCAGAUGAAACCAAACGAGUUUACCGAUUCCAUAGAGAAACUGCAACACCUGAGCAAUGCAAAUCUUUGGUGGCUUCGGACAAGGACAGAAUUUACAUGCAUGCAUUGCUUGCACGUGAAAGGAUCCUGGGUACGCGCCACGAACGGACAAUCCAUGAGAUAUUAUACCGGGGAGCUGUGUAUGCCGAUUCCUUGCACUAUCAGCGUGCGGUCGAUCUCUGGAAGUAUGCCUAUAUUUUGCGCAGACAAGCGCUACCAGCAAAAGACGAAGACUUUGUGUCAGACUUAAGCAUGUUUGUAGACCUGUUCAAAGAGAUGUUCACAAAAUCAUCUUCUGGACAAAUCAGUGAAAAGGUACAGACGGGUGACAUUGUGGAUGUGUUUGGUAUUAUGGUGGAUCAACUUGAGGAAUUUACAGACGUUCUUGUAGUUCGACCUCUUCAGAAGGACACAUUCAAAACAUUCAGGGCGCUUCUUGUGAUCAUUAUCGAUUUCAUGCAGUUGUUUUACCGUUCGGAGUGUCAGAGCGUCGAGAGUCAGCGAUUCACCAACGAAGUGAAGCGAGUGAUAAAACUCGACGCAGCGAGCGAACAGGGUGAGCAGCUUCUUCAUCUAGCGUUGAUGACACGACCGGAAAAAGUGGACGUGGCUAUACCAGACGUUGAUCUCAUUCGAUGUCUGAUAAAAACAGGUGCGUGUGUAAAUGCCAUGGACAAGGGGAGGAACUCACCUCUUCACCAUUGUAUAUCAUCAUGGCAUACACAACUUGAUUUUCCUGGUCGAGCGGACCAAUGGAAGGGCUUGGCAUGGCUUUUAAUAGAAAAUGGCGCACACAUUGAUGCUCGUAACUGUAAAAAGGAAACCCCUAUGGAAUUCCUAAUGGACCAAGGUUGUGUGUGUCCACUCAAGUACACAACUUUGAAAUGUAUGGCAGCUGUGGUGAUAGUAAACACGAGCAUGGAGUAUCACGGUUAUCUCCCCUCCUCACUGAAAACGUUCGUUCAAUUGCACGAAUGACAGCAAUGUUAAUCAUAAUAACAUUUCCACGUCAAUGUUAUUGUUACAUAGAGAAGUAGUCCAGUUACUUCCUUUUUGCAAUUUAUAACCCGAAAGUUGAUACCGUUUUAUAUAAAGUAUGAUAAGGACAACAUUAAAGUGCUAUCUAAUGGAAAAGAGAGAGAGAAAACUAAGAAAUCAAAUGCUUUUCAUAAUUACAUACGUUCUGCCGAAAAUGAAUUGUUCAAACGUCCUUAUUUAUGUUAAAGCUGCCACAUCACUCAGAGUAAUGAUGUUUUGUAAACAAUAAUAGACAGCUAUAAUAUUAUAAUAUUGAUACUGAUACUAUACCAAACUUUACAUCAUGCUAUAACCAUCCUGAAGAAAGUGAGUUCGUUCUCGUUGUAACUUUGAAAUGAAAGUGUAUACAUACUUAAUCAUAUCAUGCUCCGCCUUUAUAAACUCAUUGUAUUUAGGACGAUGUUACUAUUUUUCAGUUGUUUGUGUUAGAUAUAUAUCUAUACCGUAGGGCCGGGAGAUGCCUUUUUGUGACAAGUACUGUAUAGGCGGUGUAGCAUCUUUAAGUGUUGUACUGAGCCAGGUAGAGUGACAAUUUAACAUUAGCUUACACAUUGUUGAGGUCACAAUCGUGGCAGUCUCUGUCGUUUCCAUCAUGGCGGCUCUAUUUAUUUAAUUCUGCGUAGAUUCUUAGCUUAGUGCAGACUAAAAACGUUUCAUUUUAAUAUUUGGGUUUGUAAAUUUUAUUGUUUUAUAUAGUUGUGAAUGAAAUCGCAUUUUCUUCAAUACAUCUUUAGUAGUAAAACCUUGAGCUCAUAUACUCUUUGAGUUUCAGAGGUUUAUUGAACCGUUUCCAUUCGUAUGCCUCACGGUGAUGUUUGAUUGUCUUAUUUAUUAUUGGGUUGACCUCAUCCUGUUAUAGAGAGUAGUUGAUUUCGUAAGAGAUCUCAUCUGUUUCGCCUGAUGGAUAUUCUCAAGACUCGUGCUGAUAUUCGCGGUCACAUGAGAUAAAGGAGAAUGGUCAGUCAAUUAAUAGAUGUAUGUCCAGCCAUUGGUCAGUCGCUGAGGACACUGGCCUUUCUUUACCUUCAUGACUAUUUUCUGUGUAGAAUACUGAUUUCUAAAAGUUUAAUUAUACAUUUCAUGCUCCCUAUUUGUUCUGCCUUUUCUUAACUGGUAAUUGUAAUGAUUUUGUUGAGUAAUUGUAUUAAGUGUAAAUGUAUUACCCAUCCAUUGUUCGUCAGUGAAUUUUCCACAUUUAUUGUAUCUGAUACUGCAUUCUGUACAUGUGUGAAUCAUUCUCUUGAUUAUUAAUUGUUAAAUCGAUAAUCAAUGUUUCAUACCUAAAUUGGCGGAGAUUACCGCUCCCAACAGAGAUUACCGCUCCCAACAGAGAUUACCGUUCCCAACAGAGAUUACCGCUCAACAGUCAUAAAGUCAUAUACAUUGCAAGUUAAAUUUGUAGCUGUUCUUCACCUUUUUAAGAACUCUUUCUAACGGCUUUUAAAAUAUUGCAAGUUUCAAAAUGUCUUGCUUGUGGUCAGCUUUGGAUAGGCGAAAGAUUUUAUGCGAGGUAUUGAGUAAAUAUUAAGCAAACGCAAGUUCAUACGUUGUUCACUAGACUGGCCACCAGACCCUAAGUUUUUUUGUUAACAAUUGCCAAGCUUAAUUCUAAUACCAGAUUAUCUGCCCCUAGUUUGAAACUUAGAAACAGACAUAUCCUAGGGACCAAAAUCAUAGAGCUCAAUUUUAUUUAUAAUUUUAAUAUUCUAGAGACAGAGGCCAGUCUAGUUGUUCACUUAAACCGUUUCUGCUGGGAUCGCAAUCUCAUUACAUAUGUACAUCGUAAGGCUUAUUUCCUGUCGAUGUUACACCAGUAUUUCACACUGUUAUAAUUAACGUGCAAUUAGUGCCUCAUGGACGUUUGCAAAUCAAUCUAGCUUGAUCUAUAUCACAUUUCUGAAUAUCAAAUUUAUGCUUGUCUAUAUGGUAAUUUUAUGUGAACGAUUUCCAUACUUAUUCAUGAA